UCCCUAUCGCUUUUGGUUUUCAUUCCUCCAAUCUUGUUUGUAACGCUAAAAGAAACGGGAAAUAAAUACGAGAAAAAAAGGUUUAUCCAUGUUUAUUAUCACCUGCACCUCGAUAAAAAGGCAAUCCCCCAUUUGGUACACCUUUGGCGCGCCGUUCUCAUGAUAAAUACCGCUGCUUCGUGUCUUACCUUUUUGAUUUUUUUCGCCCUCCACUCAGCAUAACCCGCCGACCCAAAAAAUUGGGCGCUCUUUUAGGAAAAUAAAAAAAAGUGCUCUGGUAGGCCUGCAAGUGUUCCACUCGUCCCAUUGUUCCCAUGACGCUUGUUACCGAACGAGCGUUUUAUAGAAAAACACGUAGUAACGGCAUUAUCAAACUCGUCAGAGAACAAUACCUUCGCCAUGACGUACCGUGCUUGGCCGCUUCGUGUUCUCACCAAUGUCACAAUAACACGAAUGACCAGUAUACAUUGUUACGCGACGAUGCUGACCACUAUAUAAUUCCUGACAUGACGAUCGUCAUGCGUUACCUCGAAAUCCUGGAACAGGAAGAAAUAACAGGCAUGAUUCUCAGUCAAACAGUGAUCAAUUCGCUUCAACAACACGAUAAAUCUCGACUGUAUCGAAAACUGCGCCAGAUCGUCGAUGAUUCUCGCCGUCACAGCGUCGUAUUUUACAACGAAGUAUUUACGGAAACCCAAGUGCCUCGUUUACCGGGAGAAAAGGCAGCCGCUCGUGAUUGGCGGGCCUUGUGCAAAAUGGCGGCUUGGUAUAACAAACAUCUAGGAUCCAAACGUAUCAUUCUACUGUCAGAAGCACAGACUGCUCCUGAUCUCGGCCCCGAUCUCGCUUCCGAUUUCGAUCAGCAACAAAUCUCUAUUUACACCAUGCAGCAAUACAUUGACGAAUACUGGUCCGACCAUGCUCUAUUGCAAAACCUAGUGCAUGUCCUCGCUGAUGUCGUUUUGGAGGACGAUCUGGAACGGAUCCGCAUCCGUGUCGGUGGCAACAAAUCCACUGAAACUGCCGUAUCAGGCUACACCGAGUACAAAUCGGCCGACGAAUUGGAAGUGGGGAUCAAAUCAUCCCGCUAUAUUUCUGGCACUUUGCAUUGUCGAGCUAAUCAACGUGAUCAAGCCUACGUCCGUGGAGGCGACAAGUUGGGAACCGAUAUAUUGAUUGUGGGCAAUGAGAACCGAAAUCGUGCCGUGCACGGUGACAUGGUGGUCGUCGAAUUGCUGUCAGCGAAUCACUGGGCAAAGGCGGCUAACGAAAUCGGAUACAAUGGUGCCAGCGCGGAAGAUGAAUAUGAGCAAUUACGACUUGCCAGGGCUGUGGAUACAGAAAAGCCGACGGGACGCGUCGUCGGUGUCCUGAACCGGAAUUGGCGCUCCUAUGUCGCUACCAUUCAGGAAGACAGUGCGGAAACAGGGGGAGGCUCCUUUCAUCUGGCGAUCCCACUCGAUUCCGUUAUACCCAAAAUUCGAAUUCGACAUCAAGAUGUGAAGCUGAUUCAAAAUCAACGCAUUGUUGUUCGCAUCGAUAACUGGCCUGUUUCAUCGCAAUAUCCAAACGGACAUUAUGUACGGUCACUAGGUCCCAUUCAUCAAUUGGAUACCGAAAUAUCGGCCAUUCUUGUCGAGCAUGGGAUUUCCGUAUCGCAAGCUUCGCAAGGCUUCAGUGAAGCCUGUCUUAAAGAAAUGCCCAUCGACACCGAGCAAUCGCCCUGGCAUCCUCAACCGGAGGAAAUCGCACAACGUCGCGAUCUACGGAAUCUUACCAUUUUUAGCAUUGAUCCCCCGAAUUGUCAAGAUAUCGAUGAUGCACUUUCUGUUCGGGAACUGAAAGAUGGACGAGUCGAACUUGGGGUUCACAUUGCCGAUGUCAGCUAUUUUGUGAAAGAACGAUCAUUGACCGAUUUGGAAGCCAGAGCAAGAGGAACCACCGUCUAUCUUGCGGAUCGUCGAUUCGAUAUGUUGCCGUCCGUCCUCAGUGAAAGAGUGUGUUCUUUGCGUGGAAACGUCGACCGCUUUGCAGUGUCUGUGCUGUGGACUUUGGAUAGAUCGUUCAAUGUUAAGGACAUUUGGUUUGGACGCACAUUGAUUCGAUCCAGUUGUGAAAUGGAAUACGAACAAGCACAGCAACUGCUGGAUGGAGCUCCGAUUGCGACCGGUCUAGAUAAACAAUUGAGUAACAAGUUACGCCCUUCCAUACAUAAGCUAGCGGAAGUGUUGCGCGUCAUGAGGAAUCGACGCCUGGCUAAAGGUGCUUUGGAACUCGAGAGCACCGAAGUCAAAUUCAAAGUGACAGACGAUCACCAAGUGACUGAUAUUAUUCCCAAGGAUAGCAUGGAAAUUCACGGCUUGGUAGCUGAAGCAAUGAUCAUGGCAAAUGCAGCGGUAGGCAAGCGUAUUUAUGAAGGAUGCUGUGACGCUGCCAUUCUACGAAGACAUCCACCGCCUAGCAAAUCUCAGUUUGCACAAAUAGUCAAAGCAGCAGAAAGCAAGGGUUAUACCAUUGACUUUUCAUCCAAUUUGGCAUUGGCGAAAUCAUUGGAAACAAUUGUAAGAGCUAAUCGAGACGACCCAAAUAUUGCGCGGUUGAUGAAAUCGAUGGCCACCGUUGCCAUGAACGAGGCCUCGUACAUCUCCUCUGGUCAUUAUGCUGUAGAUCAGUAUUACCAUUACGGUUUGGCAUUGGAUUUUUAUACACAUUUUACCUCACCUAUUCGUCGUUAUGCCGAUGUUCUUGCACAUCGUCAGUUAUUACACUGCUGCAAAGACUAUUACGCCACCUCGGAUCAAGUGCAAGGAUCCACCAGUUUUGCCGAUAAGCAAGUUUCCGAUAUAUGUGACAAUCUGAACCUGAAAUCGCGUGAAUCCAAAUUUGCGCAACGGGUAAGGAAGUAUAUGGUUAGACGAUUUGGAUCGUCCUGUCAGCUGAUUUUGAGAUGAUGCUUUCCUCAGGAUUCCACGGAAUUGUUUCAAAGCCUCUAUGUGAUGCAGCAUGUAAGUUGUUGACAAUGUUCGAUACUGGGAUAUUUGACACGCUUCGAUAUUCAAACUGGAUGUUUCCCUUUUUGAUGCAGACGACAACGGGGCCAUUGAUCGAAAACGGAAUCAUUUGCGAAAUUCAAUCGAAUGGAUUUUAUGUUUUUGUGCCGAGGUAAACCAAGGUUACAACCGUUUUUUUUUUAUGGUUGGGAGGCUUACCUAUUCAUUGGUCCUUUUUACUUUUCUGUUUCAGCCUCGGAUUAA